AUGACUUUUGACCCGCACAAUGUCGACCUAACAACAAUCGACGCAACAGAUGUAAUCUGUUACCUCAACACCUCAGAAAAUGACUAUAACGGCAAACUUGGCGCGCGAAUCUCAGCAAUAUUUGUCAUAGGCAUUAUCUCCUCAAUAGCAACGUUCUUCCCAGUUGUCGCGAAACGUGCUCCACGCCUCCGCAUCCCGCUCUAUGUCUACCUCUUUGCGAAAUACUUCGGCGCAGGCGUCAUUGUCGCUACGGCAUUCAUUCACCUACUCGACCCGGCGUACAGCGAGAUAGGUAGUGGUAGCUGUGUUGGCAUGACGGGUCACUGGGCGGAUUAUGCUUGGUGUCCUGCUAUUGUGUUGACUUCUCUUAUGAUUAUCUUCUUGAUGGAUUUCGGUGCCGAGCGCUGGGUUGAGAAGAAGUAUGGGCUUUGUCGUGAUGAUCCUGAGCCUAUAAUGGCUUCUGCGUCGGGGGUUGAAGCUGAUGCUGACGUUCACGUCCACCAUGACCAUGACCAUGCCCCGGCGCAUCGUGUUGCAUCGCGAAACAGAUCAGACAAGACGAUGAAAGAAAUGGAAGAGGCCUCUGAAAUAUGGUCAGAGACGGAAAUUGAACGCUCCUUUCAACAGCAGAUAGCAGCAUUCCUAAUCCUUGAAUUUGGCGUCAUUUUUCACUCAGUUAUCAUCGGGUUGAACCUAGGCGUUACAGGCGAGGAAUUUGACUCUCUCUACCCCGUUCUCGUCUUCCACCAGUCCUUCGAGGGUCUGGGUAUUGGUGCGCGCAUGUCUUCUAUCCCAUUCAGAGAGGGUAGUUUGCUACCUUGGUUCCUUUGUGCGGCUUAUGGAUUGACCACGCCUGUUUCUAUUGCUAUUGGCCUUGGUGUGCGUACUACGUACAACUCGGACUCUUAUACGGCUAAUGUUGUUUCGGGUGUGCUGGAUGCUAUCUCUGCUGGGAUUCUGAUUUAUACUGGUCUUGUCGAGCUACUUGCUAGAGACUUUUUGUUUGAUCCGCACCGGACUAAGGAUGAUAAGCGAUUGGCUUUUAUGAUUAUGUCGUUGCUUCUUGGAGCGGGUAUCAUGGCUUUGCUGGGGAAGUGGGCUUAG